AUGCUUGGUGGAGGAGGUGGGGGCUAUGUGCCCUCUCAGGGCUGGGAGUUCGUCCCCUGCCCCAGGCUGGAGCGGCCGGAGAGAGGCCGGGGCAACAAGAGCUGCAGUCCGCUGCGAAGGAUCUCCUCCCCGCCCGCCGUCCUCGGUCACAUCCUCGAACCCCAGAACGGAGGAGCUCCGCUGGGAGGAGUCGCGGCGCAACUGGAGGUUUCUCGGGGGCAAAUCCGCAACCUGCAAAUCCGUGCGGGGCAACAGCAGCAACAACAAGAACAGCAACAACAGCAACAACAACAACAGCUGCAGCAGUAUGGGCAAACCCAGCACUCGCGUCUGAAAAAGAAAUUUGAGGAGUUGAAAAAGCGACACGGCCAGGACAAAGAAGAAUGGAUGCAUGAAAAGGAAUCGCUGCUGAGAGAAGUGGCGGACAUACAAGGAGGGGAGAACAGAAGGAUUUUGCUGGACCUGAAGUCGGUUCUGGAAGAGGUGCAGGCAGAGGUGAAGAGAGAGGAGGAGAAGAGGAGCGAGCUGCAGCUGCAGUACACCAGAGACAAAUGUGCCUGGGAGCUGGAGAAGGCAGAGCUCAAAUGCAGGAUUGCACAGUUGGAGGCUAGAGAAGGUGCUGGGUCGGUUAGCGAAGGGGUCCAGUCAGCAGCAGGUCCCGGUGGCUCGGCGGCGUUUUGGAAUGCUCUAGAAGCGCGUGGCAAGACGUCGACUUUCCGCCGGGAGAGGGAAGAACAGCGGAGGCUCCUGGCGGACACACACUCCACAGCCAUGGACCUGCGCUGUCGGCUGGAGCACAGUGAGAAGGACUGGUCGAGGGAGCGGGCUGAGCUGCUGGAGAGGUUCGACGUGGAGAGGAGGGAGUGGGAGAGCCAACUGAGAGACAUGCAGAAGAAGAUAGAGGAGUUGUACUGUGAGGUAAGGGCCAAGCGGGAGGGGACAGGACUGGAGACCGGAGCAGAUGGUGGGAUGCAGGACAAUGAUGACGUUGUGCUGAGGCUCAGUCUGCACUCCACCAGCACCAGCUCCAGUCUGCUAAGUGACAAGUCACACUUCGAACCCCACAGCAGUAGCAGUCAAUCAGAAACCCCCCAAAAUCUGUCAUUUCACUUGCACAACAACAGCAUCCGUGGUGAUGGAAGGGAUAGCCACCACUCACCAUGUUUCCUGGAAAGCACCCACUGUGAACCUAUGCUUUGUGGCCAUUUUGCUCAGAAUGACCAUGCAGGAUUUGAGCAGGAUAAGGAACCAAGAGGCAGAGAGACUCAGCAACACACCUCACUCAUAGACAACAAGGAAACUAUGGAUAUGGCAGAGCUGGAGGUCAUUUGGCAUGGAGCCGCAGAUUGUGAAUUGCCCCUGAGAAUCACUGAUACUUCUAAAGGGAAUGAAAGAAAUAUUCAUGUUGGCCCUGAGGUGAAUCCUCUGAAGACAGAACUGAGAUACAACAGUGACAAGAAGAAGAACUCCAUUGCUCUUACAACUGCUCUCAAGGAGAUAGCCCGUGUGAGCGAGGAGCUUUGUAGUUACCAGGAUGAGGUCAGAAAGAAGACUGGGGAUAAGAGGAAUCUUUCUGGAUCUGCACACAUCCCUGAUGUGAAGGAGGCACUUCUGGACAGUGUUAAAACCAAGCUAGAAGCUGAUGAGCCACCUUGUGAUCUCAACCAGAUCUACAAUGACCUCCGGGCCUUGGAGAGGGAAAACUGGAUCACUUUAUCAACAGAUAACACUUGGCGGGCAGACAGUAAAAGACCAAAAUCCCAGACCAAUUACGAUGGUACAGACAUCGAUAGGGUCAAUGAUACAAAUCUCAAAAUAAUUACUGAGAUGGAUCCACAAGCCCCAGCCAUUCCUCCUCGCACCACCUCCUGGAAUUUAAGCAGCCAAACUGCUCUAGAGCCCAUACUACAUAUCCCAGAGUCCCCUGUAACGACUAGCAGGAAGUGUCACAGCCCUUGUACUCUGGUGGACAGAAAGUGUAACAGCCCUUCUGUUGUGAGGAAAUUUGAAGCUAUGCUACAAGAGAAUGAGGGUAAAGUCCUGUCAGAUGGAGUGAUGACAUCAUGUUCCACGCCUGCUAACUCUAACUGUAAUGUUGGUUGCUGCCAUAAUCGCUGGUCUUGUGAUGCGAGCAAGUUCACCAACAGCAAGUUGUCCACGUACAUACCUUUUCAGAAAAGUUUCUCUGAAGUGAACAUACCGACUGCCGGAAAAGACUUGUGCCCAAAUAGGCAUGCUGUGGGAAACUUAAAAAGUACAGAGGGAAAUCAAAGAGAAGUACCUGUAGAUUUGCUGUUGCCCUCUUGGGAAAUGCCACCUGCCUGCUCCAACCUCCAGGGUCCUAAAAGGAACAUAAUGCUGGAGCAGAAAACAGCUGAGUUCAACCGAACAUUAUUUCAUGCAGAGAUGGGGCGUGGGCUUGAGGAGGACAGUUUUAUUUCAUCAGAUUCUUCUUCUAAGGGUUACCCACCAGUUUGUUCGAGAGCAUUUACCUCAGAUGAGGUCAGACCACCCAGAGAGGCCAACUUUGACCCUCAACCAAAGUAUGCUGAGGACAAUGUCACCUCUGACAUAAUCAGUUCUUGUCAUGAAGUCACACCAACACCUUCCACCUCUGACCCACCACCUCAGAACCCAGAGGUCCGAGCAAGAAGAACCGCACAUGACUCCCAAUGUCAGAAGGUCAAAGUUCAACACGAAGCCUCCUCUGACCUUUCAACCCAACAGUCAGAGGUUAGGCUCAGGGAAGUAAACAUGGCAACCUCUGAAACUCCCAUGCACUACUCUGAGGUCAAGCACAAAGCUCAAACUCCAGACAGCCCCUCCAGACAAACACAACACAAUGUGGCUUCAGAGACCAUUUUCUCUGAGUACAUAUUGUCUGCAAAUACACAGCCAUCCAAGAAUAUUUUUGGAACUGGCCCAAAGAAAGAAAAGUCCCAUGGACUCAUUUUUCCUCCAGCCAAGGCUGGUGGCCCAUUUCAGCAGCCCUUUGCUGAGACAAGACCAAGACUGCCAACACAACCAGGGAACCAGGUGAACCUAGGGCACACCGCUGUAACUUCUGCCCAGCCUGACGUUCCCAGAGCUGGACCUCGUGUGAUGAAUGACCACCCCUGGAAGCCUCUUACACUGGCUGCUUACCCACGGCCUGAGGGUUCCCGGUCCAACUAUGGGGCGGUAGAGAGGAUCCUAAAGAUCUAUGAGGGUGCAGCUUUGGCUAAGCAGAACCAAUGGCAAGAGAACCAGGUGGUUUCAACUCCCAAUCUCAGCCCAAAACUGGAGGAUAAGGUCAUAGAGCUGUUCGAAAUGCAGGACAUGGACACCCUGCCCCUAGCUCCCACUCCCAGACACACCAACUCUUCAUACAGCUCAAACACUCACAUGACCAACACACUUCUAAGUACCACGGGCUUGAAAGAGACACAGCUCACUGGGCAGGAAAGCAAAAGGUCUUCCAUCUCAUUGUCUGUCCAGAGGAGUUUCUCGAGGCCCGCCCGACCUGCCAAACGACGUCUCCCCUCUCGGUGGAGCAGCCGCUCCCCCUCUUCUUCCUCCUCCACUUCCACCUCUCCUUCUACCACCUCAGUCUCACCAUCCAUCCCCCUUCAGAAACACACCUCCUCCUUUACCUACUCCCAUGCGUUCCACAUUGAGACAGUCAUCAUUUGACCUCCAUGUGACCCCAGUGUCUGAAUCCACAAGAUGCCUUCAUCUACAACCUUUGAACCCUGAACCCUGAGCCUUGAGCAUACUCCCUCUAUCCAUUACCUCUGUACAUACCAAAUCAAGACUGCUUCUUUGCUCUUGCUGAUUCAGAAGUGCUUUAGCUGUGAGUUUACAGGCUCAUUUUUAGAAUGUACGCUGCAACCGAUGGAGCCAAGCAGACCUGAGCAGGAAAACGUAGAUCUGAAACAGUCUUGAAGUGCGCUUUAUUUAAUUUAUCCGGCACUACAAAUAGCCUCAGAAGACAGUGAAAACAUCACAAGACAAAUUAGGUUAGAAGUUCAACUCUUGGAAUUGAUGUACCCUUGCUCAUAUCUGGAUCCUAGCCUUAUUUAGUGUAGCCUUGUAGAUCUUCUGUCAGUGAACACGCCAGUAUUUCCAAUUGUUCUUAAUGUAAACUGUAAAAAGUGAUGCUAACUCCAAUUAAACAAACUAGUCAACGUUUUUUUUUCUAACAAGAUUUGUCGAAAUUCAUCUUUGCUCUAAACAAGUCUAAUAUGGUGUUGCAACAUAUUUCUUUUAACGUAAUUUCUGCUCAUAGCAAAAUUAUGUUCCAUAGAUAAUGACAUCAUGUUUGAUUCUUAAGUAGAAGGUUUUUUAUUUUUUUUGAGUAAAGUUAUCAUCUUUCUAGCAUCACUUUUCUCAGUACAGUGGAGGAAACUGAGUUGGGUUUUCUGCCUUCUUGAGAACUAUUAUGCCGGGACUGUACCUUGCCUUUUACUUGAGUCCUUUUGCUUCACAUUUAUGGCUGGUUUUGCAUAUUACAUAAUUGCUACAAUGCAGAAACAACCAAUAUUUACUUUAUUUGGACACAUAUUAAAAUGUAAUGUUCUUUUCUUUCAA